UUUUUCCUAAAAUCUAUUCCAUCAAAAAGAUGAAGCGUCUUACUAAGGAAGUUCUAAAGGCUCAUGACCAGAACCAGGUAGCUCCUCUUCUAGAGGUUACUCAGAAGUUAGCUUCUAAGAAGGGAAGAAAAAUAGUGAAAAACCUUUAGAAAGAUUCUAAAUCUCGGAUCUACCGAUAAAGUAGAAGUCUUUGUACGGGUAAAACCUAAGGGCUGGAAGGCUGCAGGAGCAGCCCCCAAGCCCUUAGUUCCUAAACGUGAAAAAACUUCUGAAUUUGUGCAGAAAAUCAGGUAUUAUGAUAUCCAAAUUACAAGUUUUGCCCAUCUCGAUAAUAAAGAAUGGGUCAAUGAUGAGGUAAUUAACUGUAUGGUCAAGCUCCUUCAGAUUACCCCGAUAAAGAUCUUCAGAGAAGAAGAGAGAAGGAAUGUAGAGUCUUCCAUUGUAGUAGAAAGCCUCGUAUUUGAACGUAUUAAGCUAUAUGGAAGGGAUGAAGAAUGGAAUAAAAUUGAUGAAAUUUUUGAAGCUAGAGCAAGAAAACAAGCAAAGGAAAAUAUUAAUACAAUCAUUAUGCCUGUUCAUUGUGAUGAAAGUCACUGGGUCCUAGUUUUAAUCAAGAUCGAAGAUACAGAAAUCAAGGUCUAUGAUAGUAACCAAUGAGAAGAAUCAAAAGAUAUUGAGCAUGCAAUGCCUAUGCUUAAGAAAUAUUGAGAGAAUAGCAAGUGGAUUAAUUUAGAUAAAGGUAAAGAAUUUGAAAUAAGAACGGAUAUUCAGUGUCCCCAACAAAAGAACUCAUUUGACUGUGGCGUCUACGUAUGUUAUUUCAUGUACCAUCUUUACAGGUCUUCUUUACUUCAAUCAAAGAUUCCCUCAGACUCAAAAGCUAAGAGGAGGACUUUAAAAAAGGCUUUGCUAGAGGCUGAUCUUGAUCUCCUUAGGACAGCCUAGUCUAAUGCAAAAACUAAUUUUUAUAUAUUCAUACAUUAGCUAUCUUUA